AUGAUGGCUGUAACAUGGAUCAGCGCUAUCUUGGUUGGAGCAGGCUGCCUUGCUUUGGGAUUCUUCAUUGGUGCACGAAAACCUGGUCGCAAAUUUCUUUUAACCAAGGCAGCUGAAAUUGUCGAUGGAAGCAUAAAAGGCCAGACUAAAGGCAAAGGCAAAGGCAAACCACCCCUUGAGAUUGAAAAGCUGGCUGAGAUUAUUGAAGAUUUUAAGAUGGUGUUGGUUGUAAGAAAUGACCUAAAGAUGGGGAAAGGGAAGAUUGCUGCUCAGUGCAGCCAUGCAACUUUGGGACUCUACAAGAAGAUUCUUCAUCGGGCACCUAAAGCUUUAAACAGGUGGGAGAUGUGUGGGCAGGUUAAAGUAGUGGUGAAAAUCGAAAGUGAAGAUGAUAUGUUGGUUUUACAGGAAAAAGCAAAGUCAAUGGCCAUACCAACUCAUAUUGUCAUUGAUGCAGGGCGAACACAGAUAGCACCAAAUUCAAGGACAGUGAUGGCUGUUCUUGGACCAGCGGAUAUGGUUGAUGAUGUAACCGGUGGAUUGAAGCUUCUGUAAGCAGAUAAUGUAGACAAACAAGUGGGUUUAAAGCUUCAAUAUCAACUUACAUUUCAAGAAAAUGAUUUGCAAAUCUGUUUUAACUUUUUACCUUUUUCUAUCCCCUUUUAAAGCAUGUCAUACUAGUGAAGAUGAUGAUGAUGAUAAGGAAAACCUCCAUUUAGCACAAUUUGUUGUCAUACCACGUUUACAAUUUUGAAUGCAUUAUUUUACACUUGAAAGUAGAAUUGAUUGCUAAAACGGAG